AUGGAUUUUACGGGAGAAAACGUUUAUUUUGGAGUUCCUGUCCUCGAUGGGCAGUUUGAGGACGCCGAAGAAGACACCAGUGAAGUACCUAAGUCGCUAAGUAAGUAUUUGGCAAGUGAAGCGCAGGAAACGACCGCGAAAAACUCAAACGAAGAUCGUCAAAAUGGCGGAUCCAGUGACCACGUGAAAUCUUCAUCAGAUGACUCUUGUAGUGACGAGGAUUUUGGAGAAUGGGAUUGGGAAGACGAGACUGGGGAUUUCACUAAACGCUAUAAUGCUUCAAAAUCCGAAGUUAACGUUAGUAACACCUCUGGCAAACGGCAGUCAACGCUGCAACCGAACGAGAAAUCUUUCGAAAAGUUUGGUAACCGAAUCAAAGUUGAACGGUAUGAAGGACCUAAGUUGUCCAAUAAAGCUGCUAACGUUUUGAUCCAAGCAAAUAAAAAGCUUGAAAAUGAAAGGAUGCGCGCUAAAGAUAAGGCAGACAGAGCGACUGUCGAGCAAGUCCUCGAUCCUCGAACAAGAAUGAUUCUGUUCAAAAUUCUCAACAAAGGAGUGAUCUGUGAGAUAAAUGGGUGUAUCAGCACUGGCAAAGAGGCUAAUGUGUAUCAUGCUACUAAUGCUGAUGGAUAUGAAAGAGCAGUUAAGGUGUAUAAAACUUCUAUCCUAAUAUUUAAGGACAGGGAUAGAUAUGUCACUGGCGAGUUCAGGUUUCGCCAUGGUUACUGUAAACACAACCCCCGUAAGAUGGUGAAGACUUGGGCCGAGAAAGAAAUGCGUAACCUGACUCGCAUGCACCAAGCUGGUAUUCCCUGUCCAGAGCCGAUUAUCCUUCGCAGUCAUGUUCUUGUGAUGGAUUUCAUCGGCACAGAUGGGUGGCCUGCACCCCUGCUUAAAGAUGUCACAUUGUCAGAGUCCAAAUCCCGAGAACUGUAUCUUCAGUGCAUUCAGAUUGUUAGAAAUAUAUUCUGGAAAUGUCGACUUGUCCAUGCUGAUCUCAGUGAAUUCAACAUGCUCUACCAACAGGACCAGCUGUAUGUGAUUGAUGUCUCGCAGUCUGUCGAACAUGAUCAUCCGCAUGCUCUGGAGUUCCUGAGAAAAGACUGUACCAAUGUCACAGAUUUCUUCAAGAAGAAUGGUGUAUGUGUCAUGACUGUAAGAGAGCUCUUUGACUUCGUUACAGAUCCGAACAUCACCGAUGACAAUGUGGAUGAUUAUCUUGAAAAAGCACAAGCCAUCGCUGCUAAUCGAGGAGUAGAAGAGGAGUCCCCCGAAGAGACGGUCAAAGAAGAGGUGUUUAAGAAAGCCUACAUUCCUCGCACCCUCGAUCAAGUAGUGGACUUCGAGAGAGAUGCCAAAAACGCAAAAGAAGGGCAAGUGGAAGAAAUUCUGUACUCUACCUUAACAGGGUUAAAACCUGAUCUUACAGGGGUACAAGCUGGACCCAAUCUACUUAAAAACAACGAUGUUAAUAAUGGAGAAGUUGACGAUGUUACAAGUAGUAGAAACAACGAGAAGAAUGAGGCUGAGAGUAGUGAAAACUCUGAUAAUGAAAGUGAGAGUGAAAGUGAGAAUGAUGGACAAACAGGAAAUGCUUCAGAGGAAAAGGCGCCAGCUUUGAGCCGAAAAGAACACAAGAAAGUCGUGAAAGAAGCCAACAGGGAAAAACGAAAGAACAAAACGCCCAAGCAUGUGAAAAAGAGAAAGGAGAAGUUAGCUAAGACAAAACGAGGAAGAAAUAAUUAA